ACUGCUAUAUUAGUCUACAAUAUUAUACGAAUUUCAAAAUGGUAAAAGGAGCAAAAAUUGUUGAGGUUAAAGAAAGGAAGAAGAGGAGGGAGGCGGAUAUGCGAAGUAGAAUAAAGAUGAAGAGGCUAAAGAUUCUUGAACAAGCACUUGUGCAACCACGAGAUAUAACCAAAGUACAAGUUCACAAAUUUCUUCAAGGACUCCCGAGAUGCACAUUGAAGUUACCUGAUAUCGUCAAUAAAACAAAUUACAGCAAAUGUUCAACUAAUUCUGGAAAAAGACCGGCAUCAAAACGAAAUAUAUUUGUGGAAAUCAAACAUUCAAUCACUAGGGAAAAACAAAUGGCAAACUCAAAAUUACGUCAAUUAUUUGGAUCGAGGAAACGAACCUUUUCACCAGGAAAUACGAACCAAGAAGUUCUCGCUAAACGUUCCAGGAAUCAAAACUCCAGCUAUCCAUCACCGAGAUCAAUAUUAAAACGAAAGCUGGAGGAAAGAAAAGAGUUAAGAGAUGUCGAUAUCAUCCACAGCGAGUCGGAAGAUUCUAGGAGAUCUUCCGACUCGUAUUGUGUGAAGAAAAAAGUUCGAUUCUCUCUUACACCAUCCUCCAGCUUUUUCAAAGAAAAUCUGGUUAAUUCUAAAAUUCAACCUUCACCUUCAAAUAAAAACAGCUGCCUCUGGCGUAGCCAGCGACUACGCAUGAGGCAGCUGAAACCUGAUCAGAACAAUAUACUUGGAAAAUCUCACUCACCGGAACCUUCAGACAAAAUUAUCCCACCUUCAAAUGAAAAACCUGGCCAAGACAAUAUACUUGGACUCAAAAAGUUUCCAAUGCCAUUCGUGACUCAAGGUGAAGUUUUUAGUUUAGUAAAAUUCAGAUUAUUUAAUAUUGUAUUUGCAUAUUAUCAUAUCAAGAGUGAUAGACACGGUCAUAGGCUCUUGGAGAAAUACUGGAAGGAAUAG